CGCAACAUCUUUUUUUCUAGGAACAGUUAGCAGAAGGAGCGGCUAAUAGCGGCUAAACGCAGCCGUUAACUUCCACACAUUAAUGUCCUCCAUUAUGAAUUAAGCGACUUAAAUCACUUUAAAACACACGUUUUAGCUGUUUGACGUUUUAUUUGUCGCUCGGCUUUCUCAGUCACAGCGUGACGCGGUCAUAAAAUGCCCACAGAAGUGAAGCAGAGGAAGAAAACGCAGAAACAAAGCGACGAAGCUUCUGAAACUUCAGCUGCUAAAGACGCUAAAGAUGCUAAAGACGCUAAAGAUGCUAAAGAUGCAGAGAGGAAGAUGAAGAUGGUGAAGAUGGAGAAGAUGGAGGUCGGAGCAAAUAAACCCAACUCUGGCCUGGACGUGAGGAGUGUCUUGUGUUUCGUGUCGCUGGCAGUCUGUGGAGCUCUGACCUGGAUGGUGCUGCAACAGAAUGAGAGGUUUUCACAAAUGGAGGAAAAGUUCAAAUCUGUUGACGGGAAAACUUCCAGCAUGUUCGACGUGGAGGAAGAAGUUGUGAGGGUUUCUAAAAAGCUCGCCGCGUCUGAGGACGACCUGCAGGAGGCGCUCUCCACCGCCUCCUUGGCAACGCGACUUCAGCAGGACGUCUCCGUCCUCCACGCCGCCGUGAUGGACAUGCAGGCUGACGAAAACUCCGCCUCCCGCGACCUGCAGACGGUCAACGCUCGCUUCCUCAACGUGACGGACGCGUGGCAGGAGGGGCUGUCGGCCAUCGCCGCAGACCUGGCCGCCCUCAAGGCGGAGUCACGGGACGCCCACGCCGGAGCCACGGAGCGGGUGAACGAGGCGGAGCGGAGGGCCCGGGCGCUGCAGGAGAAGUUGGAGGAGCUGGAGGACAGCACCAAGAGGAACGCCCGAGCUCUGGAGCGCACGGAGGAGGACGACACCAAGCGGGCGCAGGAGCAGCUCGACUGGAACACGGAGCAGAUCCACAGGCUGCAGCAGCAGAUCAGCGGCCUGAUGAAGAGCGAGGCCGAACUCCGCUCUCAGCUGCUCGAGCACCUCCCCAGAGCGCAGGAGUGCGAGGAGCACCUGCCGCAGGUGGAGGAGGCGGUGCGCUCCAUCCUGAGGCUGGGAGGAGAUCUGAGCGCGGCGGAGAAGAGGCUGGAGGAGGUGACGCUACAGGUGUUUGGCACUGAGGACAGCAUGCUGAAAGCUCUGAACCAGAUCCUGGCUCUCAGGCAGGAGCUGGACACGCUGCAGGCCCACAACAGCAUCCUGAAGAUGAAGAACGAGUUAUCUGUGGUUAAAGAGGCCGUCCGCGAACUCACCAUGGUGCUGAGGGAAAACCGGGCCGAGAUCCAGAGCCAGGACACUCUGGGAGAGGAAGAAGAAGAAGAAGACGAGGAGGAGGAGGAGGAGGAGCAGCAGGAGCAGGAGGAGCAGGAGGAGGAGUGGAUGUGGGAAAAUGAAGACCAACCUUCACUAUGACAUCACUGGAGGAUGUGGUUGUUUUUAUUUACCCAGAGAAAAAGACUGCACUGAACACACGAGCACAAGAAGCUUCUGUUUAAAAGACUUUAUUUUUAAAUGUUUCAGUUUCUGCUGAUUCUGACAUUUGAUGAUGUUAUUGUUCUUUUAUUAUUGUUAUUUCAACUUAUUUAUGUCAUUUUAACAAUAUUUUAAUGGACUGAAUUAUUAAUCAGUGACUUAAGGAAAUAAACGAUCAUGAAAACAGGCCACUUUAUUAGGUACACGUGACAUCAUGUGACAUCAUCUGCUUUAAGGUUAAUUUAAUUCACCUUUUGUCUUUCUUGUGACACUCAGUUUGAACAGCUGUCCUGUGAUUGGCUGAACAGAUGUGGUGUACCUAAUAAAGUGGCUGUUGACUGUCUUGAAUGUUCUGCCUUUAUUUGCAUCUAGAAAUGUGAUCCAUUUAAAAACAUUAUCUGGACAGAAUGUCAGCGUUACACAUGCUUCUGUUACGUUCUGCAGGAUUUUAGUGUCACGUGUAAAACGAGACGAUGCUUUUGUGACUUUGUUAAACUGAAUAAAGUGUGUACACAUGA